CCCUGGAGGUGAGCAGGCUGCGUCGCCAUGGAAACCCGCGCAGCUUCUGCCCAGAGAUCAGGGCCGGCCUGCCCGUGAGGCAAGGCUCAGCAGGACAAGCAAGAAGAGAAUAACAUCAUCUGGACAGAAGGCUUUUCUAAUGACACCAAGUCAACGAAAUCCAGAACCUGAAUCUUUUUAACAACCAUUGCGUGGGAAGAGUUCUUACCUAUCUGGACCUUUGCAACUGGCACGUGGAGAAAGAACACACAUAUUAAUGGAGAGAAAACGUUUGAAACAAGAGAUUGAAAAACUCUUGGGAGAUUAUGUUGGUGUCAGACUUCGGGAAAAUGAAUUUGACCCACAAGGAAAGAGGAAGACUACCUUUCUAGAUGACUUGGCUCACUAUGACCUGGCCAUAAAUGUUGCUUUACCUUGGCUCAGUGAUUCAGAAGCCGAAAUGCCUUGGGGAAAAGAAAAAAGGAAGCUACCAUUUCAUCGACGAUAUAUUUAUCCCAACCGAAUUGAAAGAGAAGCUAUGAUUUUAUCAUCUUAUGCCGGGAUGCUAAUGAACAGCAUUCCUGUUGAAGAUGUCAUUGGGAUUUAUACCACUGGAGCCUAUGCAACACAUUGGCAGAGUUCUGCAAAAGGCCACCGAAUUCAUCCUUGUAAUCUCUCACUGCAUCCUUUUGCCAUGUUGACAGCCCCCCAAGCUGCAGAACAUGCCAGGAAACAGAGUGUCAAGUUCCACAGGAGAGAAGCAAAUAGAAAUGCCACCAGCAACUCAAGAAAAACAAUGGACCCAAUUUAGAAACAACCAGAACUUUUAAUUUCAAGAAAGGAAGAUAAUGAGAAGUAGGUUUUUCAAAUAAAUCAAAUGAGACCAGACCCCACUAACAACAGAGCUUCUGGUUUCAGGCAGCCUGGUCCUAUCCAUGUUUACUCUUGAGUUCAUGGGCUUUCAGAUAGGAUUGCAGCCUUAAGUUACAGCUGUGCUGUCCCAGAACCUUACAUUUAACAGGCUUCACUGUUGCUUUAGGAAUUCCUACAGGUGUUUAUCUCCCACCUCUGUUUAGAUAUUUUAGGCAC